UGUCCCAGGAGCUUAAUGGAGGAGCUGAGGAUGGAGAGCAGGGAGGAUAAAUCCCCACAGCAGAACCUCGUGGAAGAGGCUGUUUUGAGCAGCUCCACAGUACAGGAAUCCAAUGGAGAGGAAAAGUCAUGGAGAACCCACACGAGGAGGGGCUGCAAACGCAGAUCACGGGGAUCUGAGGAGGAAAGUCCCACCCAGGGCCGGGAAGGCGGCCGGAGCUCGGAGCUGGGGGUCGAUGAAGAGCUUCAGGAUGGGGAGAAGCCCCACCAGUGCUCGGAAUGUGGGAAGAGCUUCAGCAAGAGAACCUACCUGGUCUGCCAUUGGAGAAUCCACACAGAGGUGCGGCCAUACGAGUGUCCCGAGUGUGGGAAGAAUUUCAGGACGAGCUCCCACCUGACUGUCCACCAGAGGAGCCACACCGGGGAGAAGCCCUUCAAGUGUGGAGAGUGUGGGAAGAACUUCAGCAAGCGCUGCAACCUGAACUAUCACCAGCGGAUCCACACUGGAGAGAGACCCUACGAGUGUGAUAAAUGCAGGAAGAGGUUUCAGAGCAGUUCUCAUCUCCUCCAGCACCAGCCAAUUCACUCAGAUGAGAGGCCCUUCCGCUGCCCUGACUGCAGGAAGGGCUUCAAUGACAAUUCCACCCUCAUCAGGCACCGCCGCAUCCACAGCGGAGAGGGGCCUGGGGCGAGGCCGUACGUGUUUGAUCAAUGCUCGAAGGCGUUUAAGACCAGCUCCCAUCUCCUGCUGCACCUGCACACUCACACAGACGAGAGGCCCUUCCGCUGCCCCGACUGCGGGAAGGGCUUCCAGCGCAACACCCACCUCACCAGCCACCGGCGCAUCCACACCGGGGAGAUGCCCUAUGAGUGUCCCGAGUGUGGGAAGAGAUUCCGGCAAAGCUCAGCCGUGACCUACCAUCAAUGGAGGCACCACUAAGGGCAGCCCUGUGAGUGCCCUGAGUGCAGGAAGAGCUUCCUGUGCUGCUCCAGCUCCAUCCCCUAUGGGAGAUCCACCCUGGAUGAUCCCCAGUGACCCCCGGUGAUCUGUGGUGCCAGUGAUCCCUGUUGGGAAGACACCUGGCUGGGGGGCUCCACAUCCUCCUGGCUGCCUGUGGGUACCUGCACACAUCCAUGGACCAACAUCCAAAAUCCAUUUUGUAGAGCUGAUUUGUCCACUCCUGACCCCAGAAAAAAAUCACUUUUUGCCUCUUCUGGUGGCCUUAACAACACUGGAUAGCCUUGGAAGUCUUCUCCAACAUAAAUCCAUCGUUUUAAUUCUCUCUGGCCCACAGAUAUCUACCACAGCCCAAUUUGGAGGGACUGGGGCAAAACCCUCAAUAUUCCAAUUUUCAAGACAGUUGGGUGGCAACCCCUCCAAAAAAGGUUCUUCCCCCCCACCAAGCACAUGGAUGUUCUGCCAGCAGGAAUAUAUAAAUCGUUUUUUUUUUUUUUGCCUUGAAACGAAAAGGUUUCUGUUCAUUCCUUUCAAAGCCCUGAAACUGAGGUAGAAAUAAAGGCGUUGAACUAAGGCGUGCAUGGGGACAUGUGGGG